AAUCGUCAUCUACUCUUUGAUCGUCAAGGAGAUCAAAAGAGAUGCACAAAUAGCGCGUUUAGAAAAAGCUUGUGCAUUGAUUGAAUAAUUUAAUUAGUAAGAAAAUACUGUGUGUGUUUUAUAAACAAUUUCUAAUGUUUUAGUAGUUUAAAUUAAAGAAAAGCAUUUUAUAUGCUUUUUGUAUUCGUUGUGACCAUUGUAUACUUGUGCAUAAUAUAGUUUACGUGUAACAAUUAUCAUUAAUCGCUAAACAAAAAUAAGCAGAAAUGGCUCAGUUUAAUUAUCUCAAUGAAAUUAAUAGUUUAGCGACAAUUGACGGCCCAAUUACUCGUGGACCUGUCCAACGAUGGGUAAAAAAAUCGGGUAAUGAAAACAUUAAUCCUGUUCUAAGUACUUCUUUCAAGAACAAUACGAACGUGAACAUAAGUUCAUGUAACCAAUCGAUGCAGAAACUGUCUAUUUCUGCAAAUCAAAGCUGCAAUAAUAGUAUCCUUUCAAGCAAUAAAACGCCUACAAGGAGUGAAAAUAGAAAAAGUAAGAAGUCGCCUUCAAAAAAUAAGUCACCAGGCCGAUCCACAACACCUACUCCUAAUAAAGCAUCAAAGACACCAAACAAAGCAGAUAGAUUUAUACCAUCCAGAAGUAACUCCAACUAUGAUUUAUGCCACUAUAUGAUGAAUCGCGAUGAAGAGAAGAAUUCUGAGUCAAAUGCUCAAUCAACAACUGUGGAAAGUAUUGGCCGAGCACUAAAUGACACAGAGCCUGGCAGGCUCUUACAGUACACAUGCAAGGCCCCUGCAGCCCCUGAAGGCUAUCAAAACAGACUACGAGUUGUCUACUCCCAGGCUAAGGUUCCAUCGACAGUAAAAAAUACGACUAGAUAUAUUCCUCAACUCCCAGACAGGAUACUUGAUGCCCCUGAUAUUAUUGAUGAUUAUUAUUUAAACUUAGUUGACUGGAGUGCAUCAAAUAUCUUAGCUGUGGCAUUAAAUAAUGCGGUGUACUUAUGGAAUGCUGGUACUGGACAAAUUGAAGAAUUGUUAACAUUGGAGGGUUCAAAUACUGUGUCAUCGGUGGCCUGGGUGCAGGGUGGUGGUUCACAUUUGGCUGUUGGCACUUCAUCUUCCACAGUUCAGUUGUGGGAUUGUGAGAAAAUGAAGAAGUUGAGGGUAAUGGAUGGGCACACUGGGCGUGUGUCAUCGCUAGCUUGGAACUUGUAUGUUGUGUCGAGUGGGGCCCGGGAUGGCAAGAUCGUGCACCACGACGUGAGGCAACCGAAACAUGACGUCGCUUCUAUCCAAGCUCACUCAUUUGAGGUGUGUGGUCUAAAAUGGUCUCCUGAUGGUAAAUACCUCGCAUCAGGUGGCAAUGACAACCUCUUGAACAUCUGGCCAAUUGAACAAGGACAGCACUAUUCACAGCCGCAAUAUUUAUACUCAUUCAAUCAGCACCAAGCAGCAGUGAAGGGUCUGGCAUGGUGUCCUUGGAACAAUGGUUUGUUGGCCUCUGGCGGUGGAACCGCUGACCGUACAUUACGUAUCUGGAAUGUUAAGACUGGAACUAAUCUGGCAACAGUUGAUACCAAGUCGCAGGUGUGCUCGGUGGUGUGGAGCACGCACUACAAGGAGCUGGUGACGGGGCACGGGUACGCGCACAACCAGCUGGUGCUGUGGCGCUACCCGACGCUGGCGCGCGUGGCCGAGCUGGACGGGCACGUGGCGCGCGUGCUGCACCUGGCGCUGUCGCCCGACGGCACCACCGUGCUGUCCGCCGGCGCCGACGAGACGCUGCGAUUGUGGAAGUGCUUCAUGCUUGAUCCUUCAAAGAAGAAAGAGGCGACCGAAUCGAAAGCGGCGAAAUCACUGCUAAAUAUGAAUUCGUUGAUUAGAUAAUACAAAUAACAUGUUAAAUGAAUUUACGCGACUGAAAUCAUGUGAUAUAGGAUUUAAUUGUAUUAUUCGGUCUGAUUUACUUUUAAUUUCGGUAAUUAUUGACUAUUUUACUGACGUUAAUUUUUUAUCAUAAAAUUAUUUUUAUGACUGGCUUACUGUACUGCGUGAUUAUGUUUUAAUAAUACUGCUCCCAUCGGUAAUUUUAAGUUUUUAUAACGCAUUGUUGUAUAUUUUAUCUGCAUAACUUGCUACGAAAUAUAUUUUCGAUGCUUUAAUUUUCGACAUUACAAGUAGAAGUUGAGGUCGUAAAAUGUAUUACGAAGUUUAUUGAUAUAAGUCUAAAUUACGGUUUUUCCACUUCCUCUAUGAAGUUGCUGUUUUCUCUCUUAAACAUUUCAUUACCUCGGCUUCUUUGGUUUUACGAUUUUCCACCUGGUUAUUUAUGAAUAUUGUAUGAAGUAUUGUGUAUAAGAAUAUUUUGAUUACUGUGUUAUUUUUCAAUU